AGAACACUGCACGUGUCCACAGUUCCUACUCUGUGCUGUCGUGCUACGGAUCACGAAUUCUAACAUUUGACGAUCGCUCGAAAAGCGAGCAGAGGUUUUAGUCAGACCAUCGUUGUGGGCAAACUAGGGGAGUUAACUAGCUGUUGCUUUAGACUAUGCUAUGUAUUCAUUACCUAGCUAGCUAAUUACUUUGUUGUUAAACAGGAUUGGAUGACGUUCCAGACUCACUGUGUCUUAAAAGCGUUUGUUUACACAUUUAUGAAUUCGAUUUCAACAUCGCGGGGUGAGCUACAAAUAGCUUACAGUUAUGAUUUUAGAGAAGCUAUCAAGAGCAAACUUCGUUCUUCGCUCGAGGAAGGCCUUUGUAAGGCAGGCGCACUCCGCCGUGCCACCUCAGCCUGUGCCGCCGCUGGCCCAGACUCUGCAGCGUUACCUGCGGGCUCUGGAGCCACUGUUACCGUCCGAUGAACUGGAGCACACUCAGAAGAUGGUACAGCGUUUCGGUAGCCCCGGAGGUCUGGGCGAAAGAUUACAGAAAGGCCUGGACAAGCGAGCCAGACACACCCACAACUGGAUUACAGACUGGUGGAUACAGUGGGCUUACCUGGAGAGCCGGCAGCCUCUAGCAGUUCACUCCAACCCUGCCAUCUCCCUUCCCAGACGGGACUUCUCUGACUGGAGGGGCCAGCUAGUGUUUGCAUCCAAGCUCAUUUCUGCUGUGCUGGACUUCAAGGCCAGAGUUGACAGUGGCCGUUUGUCAGUGGAGUAUAUGCGGGGCAGGCCGUUGUGUCUGGAGCUCUUCCCUCAGCUCUUCUCGUCCUGUCGGGUUCCGGGCCCGAAGCACGACCACGUGGUUCACUAUGGCAGACCCCGUCGUGGCCCGACCCACAUCACCGUGGUGCGCAACUACCAGUUUUUCCAGCUAGAUGUGUACAACAGUGACGGCACUCCGCUCACUCAGAGUCAGAUCCAUGCUCAGCUCUGCCGAAUUCGCUCCCAGUCAUGGAAGACUGAUAAGGAGCCCAUGGGAAUUCUGACCAGCGAGCACCGCCACACCUGGGGCCAGGCGUACAACCGGCUGCUGCAAGAUAAGGUUAAUAAGGAGUCAGUGAGGCUGAUUGAGAAAGGGCUCUUCACUCUCUGCCUUGACUCUCCUGUCAUGAGGAUCUCUGAUGAGAAGUAUGCAAGCCGAAUGGCAGCUCAGAUCUUGCAUGGAGGAGGGACUUAUUCGAACAGUGGGAACCGAUGGUUUGAUAAAACAUUACAGUUUGUGAUAGGAGAAGAUGGUUCGUGGGGACUCUUGUAUGAACAGGCGACUGCUGAAGGCCCUCCAAUAGCCACACUCCUGCACCACAUUCUGCAGUACUGUAAAAAAGCUGAUACAGUGCGAGCUCCUCUCAUCCCUCUGCCAAUGCCCAAGAAGCUCUACUUUUACAUUGACCCAGCCAUCAAAUGGGACAUUGAAAUGGCCAAGCAGAACCUUGACAUCCUCAUCAAUGACCUGGACAUCACCUGCUUUAACUUCCAGCGCUUUGGGAAGGAGUUCCCCAAACAGUUUAUCCUCAGUCCCAAUUCCUUCAUACAGUUGGCCAUCCAGCUGGCGUACUACAGAGUGCACAGUGAGGUGUGCGCCACAUGUGACAUUGCCUCGCUUAGAAUGUUCCGGGGAGGACGCACAGACUACAUCCGUUCUCCGACCAAUCAGAUGCUGAGCUUCAUUCAAGCAUUUGAUGAUCCCUCUGUCUCUAGAGAGGCCAAGGUUGAACUGCUUAGAGAGGCAGUGGAGACGUACAGUCAGCUCACAGACCAGGCGCUUCAGGGCCAGGGUAUAGAUCGCCACCUACUGGGCCUGAAAUUGCAGGCCAUUGAGGAGGGACUGAGUGUGCCCAGGAUGUUCAUGGACACAGCCUAUGGACUGGCUACCCACUUUAAGCUGCGGACUGGACAGGUCCCCACUAAUACGGACAGCGUCAUGUGCUUUGGACCUCUGGUUCCGGACGGGUAUGCCGUGUGCUACAACCCACAGUCAGACCACGUUCACUUCUCCGUCACUGCCUUCAACUGCUGCGAAGAGACCAACGCAGAGCACCUGGCUCUUACACUCGAGAGUGCCCUAUGUGACCUCCAGGAGUUACUGCAGCCUUCUCCAUAGAGCAGCGGUCAGCUUUCAGUUGGAGCAGGACUGAGCUUUAACACCUCCCUAAUAUCCUCCUUUCUGUCUAGUUUUCAAGAGGACUACCCAAGAGUCCAGUCCGGAGGAGUAUAUAAACACAGCAUUAUCUAGUGUUGUUUAAGGCACAUUAACGGGGGGCGCUCAACAAACUUUGCCAUUAAAACUUGAAGAGUAUUUGUAGUUAGUGAUAGAAAUUCACACCUUAAGUAGUGAAUCCCAGGCUCCCAUGGGUUAGUGAGCCCUUUCUUUUCAGGAGUGGUUGGAGAUGCUUCCUCAUUUGCUGUAUGACCAGCAGUAAUCCGGUAAUGACCUGCAAGCCAACGCCUCAAUAUUUUAGUAGUAGUAUUUAUAUAUAUAUAUAUAUAUAUAUAUAUAUAUAUAUAUAUAUAUAUAUAUAUAUAUAUAUAUAUAUCUGUCUGCCUGCCUGCAGAUAUAAAUAUUUCAUGCUGUUGAAAUUGCCAUGUGUACCAUUCAUGAUUACCCCUGAUUUUUCUUAAGUUAGCAGUACAUAUCUGAUUUGAUGUUUUUGCCAUGACACUAUUUCACCAUGGUCAUUUAUUUAUCUAGCCAGUGUUAUUGGCUCAGGUUUCACCUCAUAACACUUGUUUUAUAAAAGGGGGGAAUGAAAUAGCUGGAAGCUCUAUUGCUGAUCUCCCUGUAAGGAAGGUAAAACGCAUCCUAUCUGACAGCAUGGCUUGUGUCUUGUUAGCAAGUGACCUGUUGUGUGAAACAGCUGUGGGACGUGUAGGUUCAGCAUCUACACAUGAGCACUAGAGGGCGCUGAGGAGACAACCCACCCGAAGGCUGAGUAAAUGACUGCAUCAGAUAGACUGAACAGUAGUGUAGUACAGUCGAGCUUGAGAAAUGCUACACCUAUAGUCAAGCACAGCAUGUCUAAUUCAAACAGCGGUGAGCGGUGAAAUGAUGUAAUUCACUGUACUCCUUUAGCUGCUGUGACUGCACUCUUCCUGACUGGAAUGCGUCUGAGGAAAGUCACAUGGAACCUUUAUUGCAGUGCAUUAUGGGAUGUCUACCUACAUCUAAAAAUAUCUAAAAUGUGGCCUUGGAAUUGUUCUUGUUUGGAAAACAGUAGCUUUUGUGCAGUUUGAAUGUGUGCUUUUUUUUGGGGGGGGGGGGAUAACCUACAUUUAAUCGUUCACCUGUUUUCUAAUCACAUAUGGAAAGGUUUAAUAAAUAGUAUGCCAAUCUGAGCUUUUGUUCAAAUCUGUGUCGAUUCACCUGGUUUUACAUUAUCCGAAUCCAGAGAAUAGGUUCAAACUAGAGGAAAAACAAACACCAUCCUAUGGCCUUAUUCUUUUCCUAACACCAUCCUACAUAAGUACUGAUAUUUAUGAUCAAAUUGGCUCAUGGUCAGAAUAGUAGAGACAUUCUGGGUAUGUGUUUUGGUUGUGGCAGUUGAAUUGACAAGUUUAGGUCAAUAUCAGGUCAUUAGACAGGUUUUCAUAUGUGUCCAACACUCCCUGAUAUUUUCUUAAAAGCUGUGGAGGAUUUAAUCACAUUUUACUUACAAAUGUGCAUCAUGCUAAGUGUGUGGUUCAAAGGACAAAAGUAGAAUGACAUUUGUUUGGUAUUCAGUAUGCUGGCAACAUUUUAUAUAGCAUAUUCUGAGUUAUUCAGGUUGCCUUUGCUUGCUAUUUGCACCAGUAAAAUUAAAAGAUUAUCUUUUUUUUUUUAUUUAA